AGAAUUUUACCUCCUUAUUUUUAUUUUAUUGAUCGAAUCCGCGAAUUAUAUGUCAAGAUGGUUAUCACCUAAUCAAUUGUCGAAGUGGUUUUGUUGCGAUUCGUUUUAUUUUUGUUUUGUUCCAACAAAACAAGAAAACGGAUCGCUGAAGCUCACCAUCACUAAUCAAACUGACGUCUGCGAUUGGAGCACCUCGACUCGGCUUAACGCCUCGCGAACCACCAUCACCGAUUGUUGUGCAACCGCCAUCAGCGAUGAGUCAGGCUAAAACUGAUUACUAUUCUGAAGAGAAGACCUUCUCAGCACCGUCAGCGAAUAGUCAACAGGGAACUCAACUACCUUCAAAAGUCUACAAUAAAGGAUUAAAAGAUUUGGAGGAUAAUGAUAUUGAAGGCCUUCUUUCAAGUUUAUCGAUUGAUGAAUUGGAGGAUCUCAACAAUGAUUUUGAUCCUGAUAAUUCAAUGCUUCCUCCUUCCCAACGUUGUCGUGAUCAAACAGACAAAGAACCAACGGGACCUUACAAACGAGAUAAUUUACUAAAAUUCCUGGAAGAUAAGGCUAAAACCGAAAAAGAUUGGGAAGAUGUGUGCCCCUAUACGCCUGGACAAAAACGUGGAAAAGUGUAUGAUAGUGAUAGUGGACGGAAUUCAGAAGAACCUGAAAAUGGUAAAAUGGAGAUGCCAAUUGAAAUUGAUUUGGAUGAUGAUGAAGAAGAGCUCGAGUGUGCUCUUGUAACUGCCCCUGAAAAGGAUCUCGUUGAUUUGGCUGGAAUUUUGGGUAUGCACAAUGUGCUCAAUCAACCACAAUAUUAUAAUGCACUAAAAGGAAAAACACAAGAUGAGUCGACAGGAACGACAUUUAAUGGAAUUAUGCAAUCAUAUGUUCCACGUAUUGUUCCCGAUGAGCCUGAUAAUGAUACUGAUGUUGAAUCAUGUAUUAACCGGUUACGAGAAGACGAUACAGACUUGAAGGAGGUUAAUAUUAACAAUAUGAAACGAGUGUCGAAGGAACGUAUUCGAUCACUGAUCGAGGCGGCAUGCAACAGUAAACAUAUUGAAAAGUUUUCAUUGGCCAACACAGCGAUUUCGGAUUCUGAAGCGAGAGGACUCAUUGAGCUUAUCGAAACAUCACCAUCCCUUCGUGUUCUGAAUGUUGAAUCCAAUUUCCUGACUCCUGAAUUAUUGGCUCGAUUGCUGCGAUCAACACUUGUGACACAAUCAAUUGUUGAAUUUAAAGCAGAUAAUCAGCGGCAAUCUGUGCUCGGAAAUCAAGUAGAAAUGGAUAUGAUGAUGGCAAUUGAAGAAAAUGAAUCACUGCUUCGAGUGGGAAUUUCAUUUGCUUCAAUGGAAGCAAGACAUCGAGUUUCAGAAGCAUUGGAAAGGAAUUAUGAAAGAGUACGUCUGCGUCGAUUGGGAAAAGAUCCGAAUGUCUGAAUGUCGUGACGUAUCCAAAUCUAGAAUAAAAUCACCUCGUCUGCAUUUCUUUUUUUUAACUCUCCCACCCUCUCUCCAACUUAUGUGUAUAUUUUCUUUCUUUUCCUUGUCCCAUCAACUUAUUUUCUUUUGUUCUAUAUUCUCAUUCAUCUCAAUCGGUUUAUUUUGGUUUUACUCCACACACAGCCCCGUCCCUCCAAUAGUUAAUAAUGAAUUUAUUACAAAGAAAUUCAUAAAUAUAUAGAAAUCCCCCCGUUUCAUCAAAUUUUGUAUAAUUUUUUAUUCUGGAAAAUACCCAGAAACUUACAGCAGGGUGUCGUAGUUGUUUCAUUUGAUUUAUUAUUGAACUCUAGCUUUAUCGAUUUUAUCAAGUUUUCCCCUCAGCAGAUGCAAUUUUUCUUCGAAGAACCCACUUGUGAUCCUCCCCACACCGCACCCUUUCUUCUUUUUAUUCAAAAGAUUUUAUUCUCAAAAAUCUGAAUUUUUUGAAAAAAUUCGCUUUUUAUCCACCACUCUUCCAUUUUUCUUGUUCUUUUCCCAAAAAUGUUUUAUACAACAAACAAAAAUUGUGAUUUGAUUAGUCUUCUCUCUUACAGCUGUCUCCCAAUCAAUUUUUAAUAAAAACACGAAAUCCAAAAUU